AUGAGCACCGAGGCUGUAGCAAACGGCUUCAAGAUGCAUGGCGUGGCGCGCUCGGGCUUCGACGCCGGCGGUGGCAGCGGCCUCUACGACCGCGCCCGCCCAACCUAUCCGAUCGAGGCCAUCACGACGAUCCUGCGCGAAUCGCAGCCGGCGACGGGCGCACCGCUCCGCCUCGUCGAGCUCGGGGCAGGGACGGGCAUCGCGAGCCGGAUGCUCCUCUCGCAGGCCACGACGCCCUCGAGCGACGGCACGCCCCCCGUCGGCAUCGCCUCGUUCCAAGCCAUCGAGCCGUCGGCGGGCAUGCGCAGCGCGUUCGAAAAGAACAUCUCGUCGCUCGAGACCGGGCUGGUGGGCGAGCUGAAGCGCAAAGGGCAGCUCGCUCCCAAUGCAGAGGUCACGGUCGACGAGGGAACCUUUGAGGAGUUCGAUGCUGGCACCGAGAGGGACCUCGUCGUCAUCGCCCAGGCCUUUCACUGGUGCAGCGACUUUGACCUCGCGCUCACAAAGGCGGCGGGGACGCUGAGAAAGGGCGGCAUCCUCGCUCUCAUCUGGAACCUCGAGGACAGGGAGGCAGCGCCGUGGGUGGCCAAGCUGCGAGACAUCUACGAGAUGCACGAGGACGGCACGCCGCAAUACCGCCACAACUACUGGCACUCGAUGUACACGACGGCGUCGUACGGCGACUUUUUCACGGCCGACGCACCUCGGCACUUUAGCCGGGCGCUGCCGACGACGCUCGAGGGUGUCAAAGAUCGGAUGAAGUCGAAAUCCUACAUCUCGGUGCUGUCCGCCUCUGAGCAGACGCAGCUCGACGAGCAGGUCGAGAACCUCUUCCGGUCCCUCUCCGACGAGGAGCUCGGAAGGCGUUGGAUCGACAAGGACCAGGGCGUGUGGGAAUACCCCUACAAGACGGACCUCUUCCUCUUCCGAAAAAAGUGA